UCUGUACCUGUACUGUGUGUGUCUGUAAUUGUACUGUGUGCGUCUGUACCUAUACUGUGCUUUGUGUAACUCAACUCUACCACACUCUGCUGUACUGUCUCUCUCAGUGAUGCUCUGGGAUGAGACAGUGAGAGCUCCAGUAAUUGAGACAGAAGAGAUCAAUAGUGACCUUCCACCAGAAGGAGCACUCUGCUGUCUGUCAGACGCAGAUGCAGAGACAGCCAGGAGACCGAGAGACAGCGCCAGCGAGGAGGAUGAAGACGGCGAGGAAGGGGCCGAGCUGGACGAGGACGAGGAGGAGGAGGAGGAGGAGGAAGAAGAAGAGGACGGAGGAAGCGAGGAGGAGAGGGAGAGAAGAAGGGGCCGAGAGGAUACCUCCAGCCUGGCCCCCCUCAACUGCAACCAGCGCCUUUCUGACAGCGACUCCCAGCUCAGCAAGGACUCCCUCCUGUCCGUGGGCGGGGACCUGCAGGAGUUCGCCCAGCGCCCCGCGCCCCGAGACGUCACCGUGCAGUGCAGGAUCACCAGGGACCGGAAGGGCAUGGAGAAGGGCGUGUUCCCCACCUACUACCUGCACCUGGAGAGGAGUGACGGCAAGAGGGUCAGGGGGACGUGUGGACUU